UCUCAGGUCUUCCCCGUUUUGAAAGCUGGCCAGAGAAACUGAAAAUCUGAAUUUGGUCCAGAAACGUCUUCAUCUUCAGUUUCUUACCUGCUGCUGUGUUGAAAGAUGAAUUUAGUUUGGUCCAAUCAGCCUGCAGGGCUCCGCAUUAGCUCCGCCUCCACCCAGAGACGGGCCAACAGCAGGCAGAUGCCUCACUCUGACAGGAAUGUGUUAAACAUUGGUCUGUGCUCUUCCUCUAGUCCAACGCAGAGAUCUGCUUCAGCAAGCUGAGCGCCGUCCCGGGCCUCAACCCCGUCAUGCCGUCCGGAGCCAUGUACCUGAUGGUUGGGAUUGAAAUGGACCAUUUCCCAGAGUUUCAGAACGAUGUGGACUUCACGGAGCGCCUGGUGACGGAGCAGUCCGUCUUCUGCCUGCCCGCCUCGGCGUUCGAGUAUCCAGACUUCUUCCGUGUCGUUCUGACGGUUCCAGAGGAGCUGAUGCUGGAGGCCUGCGACCGGAUCCGUGAGUUCUGCCGGGCCUGGUACCGACCGCCCAGCUGCGACGGCAACGACCUGGACCAGUGACCCGGCUGGUUCUGACCCGGCUUGUCCUCGUCCACAUCGUGUCCUCUCUGAUGCUGGGAGGUUCAGGAACGUCACCUAAUAUUUAUAUUUUAUACAGGCAGCAAAUAUUAAAAUAUUACCCUCCAUUGUUUUUGUAUAUUUAUAAACUGAGUCUGGAUGUGAUUAUUAAUGCUAAAUAGGCGCAGCCCGGCUGGUUCUGAUCCGAUUCUUCAGAUCUUCUGGUUCAACAUGCUAAGCUGAACUUGUUUAUUAUAAAAAUGAUUUUCCUCUUGCUGUUUCUGGUUGUCUAAUAAAACUCUGUCACAGCC